AUGCGGGCCAUGGAGGAACUGGUUGAUAGAGGGAUGGUGCGGUACAUCGGCGUGAGCAACUUCUCAGUCGGCCAAUUGCAGGAUGCCCAGACUGCGAUGUCGAAAUAUCCGAUUGUUUGCAACCAGGUUCUCUACAACCUGAAACGCAGGGGCAUCGAGAGGGACCUGAUACCCUACUGCGAGGAGCAGGGCAUCACAGUCAUGGCCUACACGCCGCUGGCCGACGGUUCCCUGGCCGUCCGGCCUCGGGCGAGGGCUGGCCGCAACUGGGAAGCGCUGCAGGACGUGGCCCGCGAGGCAGGGAAGACGCCGGCGCAGGUGGCGCUGAACUGGUGCUUGAGCCGCUCGCCGGUGGUGGUGAUCCCGAAGACCAACAGCGUGGCCCGCACCGAGGAGAACUGCGGAGCUUCGGGAUGGCGCCUGACACCGAGCCAGGUGCAGCGGCUGGAAGCUGCGUUUCCACUUUGA